UGUUGGCGAUAUCUCUUGGAGGACUUUGGCCAAUUCCCCCAACAGAGCCCAACUACACCACUCAUCUCCCUCCACAUACAUCUCAUCCCCACACCACAAUCUCCAUCCACAGCUGAUGAACUCACCAUGACAUUGUGACUCAGAUAUUUACCAGAGAGGAGAUGAAUCCAAGAUAAAAUGUAGAGUAUUGUGUGGAAAAGUUUUCUUUUGAUCGCUUCAAGUGAAAUGAUCCAUGUCUAGUCUCGAGGACAGGAUAGAUAGCUUGCAUGGAAGCAUGGUGAAGAAGGAAGAAGACGGGGAAGGAAUGCCACUUGGGUGACGUCAUCCCACCGUCCCAACUUGCUCUCUCUUCAUAAAUAGGCGAGUUGGAAGUGGGAACCAAGGUUGCCCACAACUCUCGCUUCCUCUCUCCAAGCACCAUGGCCGACGCGGCCUGCAAGCGCCACAAGCUUUCUUCAUCCAGCGUCGUGCAAGAAGAGGAAGAGGAGCAGCCGCUGCUGCCUGGGUUGCCCGACCACGUGGCUCACCGCUGCCUCUCUCGUCUCCCACCUCGGCUCCUUUUCGCCGUCUGCCGACAGUGGCGCCGCCUUGUGUACUCCCCUUGUUUCCCGCCCUUCCUGUCACUCUAUGCCGUGGUCUGCCCCUCGGACGACGGCGGCGCGUCCGCGGACGACGACCCCAUCGGAUUCUACACCUUCGACCCACUCUCUGCCAAGUGGAGCCCGCUCCCGUCCCCGCCGCCGCACACGCCACUGCGGAGCUUGCUCCUGCGGCAUCCAUCCUUCAUCGCCCGAAGCCUCCCGGUGCAGUCCGUCGCAGCCGGCGGGCACCUCGUAGUCCUCGCGGCCACCGACCAUCGCCUUCUCCCGGCCUUCCCCCGGCCGCUGGUCUUCCACCCGUCCUCCCGAAGCUGGCGCCUCGGACCGCCCCUCCGUGCCCCGCGUCGCUGGUGCGCCGCCGGGUCGGCGGGCGGGGUGGUCGUCAUUGCCUCCGGCGUCGGCACGGGCUACAACACCGAGGUGGCCCGCUCCGCCGAGAGAUGGGACCCGGCCGCCCCUGGCGCCGUCUGGGAUCGGGUGGCUCCGGUCCGGAACGGGCGGUUCAGCCGGGAGGCAGUGGAAGCGGUGGCCUCGGAAGGAAAGCUCUGCAUGGUCAACGUCCGGGGACGCGCCGCGAAGGAGGGGGCAGUGUACGACGUCCGGUCGGAUCGGUGGCAGGAGAUGCCGGCGGGGAUGCUCGAGGGAUGGACCGGGCCAGCAGCCGCGGUGGAGGAGGGCGGCCCGAUCUACGUGGUGGACGAGGAGCGCGGCGCCCUCAAGGCCUACGACUGGGGGGCGGAGCGGUGGGUGGUGCUGGCCGAGUCGGAGCGGCUGAUCAGGGCGGAGCAGGUGGCGGCCGGAGGGGGGAGGGCGUGCGUGGUGUGCCACGGCGGGGCCGCCGUGGUGGUGGUGGACGUGAAGUCGAGGCCGGGGAGGAUGUGGACGGUGGAGCCCCCGACGGGGAAGCGGGUGGUGGCCGUCCACGUACUCCCCAGGAUGUGCCACGGUGCAGUCGACGGUUCCGCAGAGACAACGUAAACCAUGUUUUCUUUUCCUCUUAUUUUCCCUUUUUCUCAAAAUUUUUUUUUUUUGUGGCUGUUAAAGAUGGAGAAAAAAAAACAAGUAAUUCAAUUGAAAUAUCGGCACCAAAGCCCAUGUUAGCAGUAA